CUCAAGCCUUACGCUUCAUCCGAUAGUGAAGAACUAACGGGUCUUGUCUGCCACUGCGUGGCAAACAGGCCCACGUCUUACCAGUACAUCGUUGCGCCCAGGUGCGCCAAGGCUUGCCAUGGGCGUCUCUUCCUCCAACAGCUGCCACACCCGGUGCUUGAAGGGGGAUAGUUAUUGCUGCAGCGACCGCAGCAGUGCACGGAGGCAGAGUCGCGCGCUCAGUACCUGCUACGUGGACUUCCACAAGCCAGCCGAAGCCACCCAGCAAGGAGGCGCCCAGGCGCGCCUAUUUCGACUGGUUCCGGCCGUUGGCAAUGGAGCUGGAUGCAGGUCCAGCACUGGCCCGGAGUGGUUGGGCAAGGACGUGAGCAGCAGCUUCAACGAAGUGGAUUUCUACAAUGAAGUGCUACACUUGCGGCGCCAGCAGCAGCAGGACCCUCCGCUGCAGCCUGUGUUGCCCAAAGCGGGGCAGAAAGUGGAGGAGGAGGAGGUGACCAGCCACUGGGGCAUCAUGGACUUCAUGGUCAGUUAUCAUGGGCUUGCUCGAUCAUAUCCCUGCUCCUGGACUGCGGACGGUCGUGAGCGCCAGCGCGUCACCGACCUCCUGGUUUUCCGGAGCCCCUUCGAGGGCCUCGCGCGUCCACGCAUGCUGCACCUGGAGUUGGGGCCGAGAAGCCUGGCGCUGCAGGCGCGCCACGAGAAUGAGGUGGCCACAGGUAUCCUGGCGCGCCAGGAGGGGAUCUUUCUGGACGGCUUCCUCUCGCCGCCCAACAGCAUUCCCAGCGAGGGGCCGACUUUGGACCUCCGAGGGUGGUCCUGGGGCGACAAUGUGCAACGCCGCGCUAAGCGCUUGCCCUUGCAGCGGCUUCCUUUGGGCCAGGCCCUGAGCGCAUUGCUGGACAUGAGGGCGCCCAUCGCGGAGGAGCGUCUUUGGCCUGGGGAGGAUUGCUUUGUGCCCCGCAUGGCACAAGGCCGGCCGACGGCCGACCCCUUCCGGCAGAACUUCCUUGGGGCCGCGGAGUAUGCUGAGCUGGCGAUGCUGGCCUUUGUGCGCCAGCUGGCAAAACUUCUGCGCUGUUGUGAGGAGGUCCCAGUGCCACAGAAGUGGGUCCAGAGCUCACUCGCCCUGCUGGUGGAGGCCGGCGCGGCGCCUCCUCGGAAGGGCCCCAUUCAUCCGGAGACCUGGGUAGCCUCUCGAGUGAAGAUUCAAAUCCUUGGAUGGAGCAAGAGCCGGCUGAGCCUUCCUGGCGCAACAGAGGAGGAAUGCCAGGAUCAUGAGCUACCUUGGAAAAUCUACCAGCAUCACAUUGGCCGUGUGCUUUGGGAAUCCUCGCGGCUCUACUUUCACACCUUCUGUGCCGAGGAGUGGACCGAGCUGGCGCUUCAGCUGUAUCAGGUUUGCCAUAAAGGCACCAGCAGCUUGGUGGGCAGCUGUGAGCUGAAGCUCCCCGGCGCCAAGGUGGUGUCUGAGAGCUACUUGAUGCAGCUGUACCGAGGCGACCGGCCGCUCUUCGACAAUCUGGCGCAACCAACGCAGGUGUCGCUUACUGCCAAGUUCGUGCCCUGCCCCAUGCCCUCCAACUUCGCAGGCAUUUGGCAAGUGCGCCUGGAGAGUUUGGAGAACUUGGAGGCUGCCUCUUCGUGUACGGAGUCUCUUUGCAUGGUGCUUACGGCAUCAGGCAGCAACCUCACUCUGUGCCAGAGGACACGCGAGGUGGCCAAAUCGCCGAGCACAGCUUGGAAUGAGGAGUUCGAAUUCCCAGUGCUUCCCGAGUCACCGGCCAACUCUCGUGCAUGUGUGCGCCUCCUGGAGGCCUUGGGCCAGCCGGCGAAGGCGAAGGCAGCUUCGUUCGACUGCCUGGCUGAGCACUUGCCCCCGCUUGCACUCGCACCAGACGAUGCAAAGAAGGAUGUGCGUGGGGCCUGCCUGGGGCAACUGGCCUUCACCCAGCGCCUGCGCACAGGCUGGUAUGAGUCCCGAAGCGGCUUCGAGUGAGAAGCCGAGAAGCCGACAUGAAGGGCUGGGCUGGCCCAGAGGCAAGCUGUAGCCCAUGCACGAAGCA